CUCCGCCCUCAGCUCCCGGGGCCGCCCCUUCCCGCCCGGGGGAGCGGGGCCGGGCUCAUUCCCCCUUGUUUUGACGCUACCUGGUGUUGUAAAUAGUCUUACCUUUUCUUUCCUUGCUGUCCCAUGGCAGCUGCCCCAGCAGAGAGCUCCAGGAGCCAUGGGAAGGGGCUGGAGCAGAGCCAGAGUCACAGCAGCUCUGCCUUGGACUAUUCAGGAGACACCUUUGAGUCCUUCAGCGAGGAGGAGGAGAGUGAAGCACCUGGAUCCUGGUGUUCCACAGAGGAUGUGGAGGGGGCAGCUGUCUCAGAGGCUUUGGGAAGCUCAGCAUCACAUUUAGGGCAAAGUGCUGCAGAGGAGGAGUCUGAAGCAGUGGAUCCUGCAGCUGUGGAAAGAGCUGCCAUAGGAAAAUGGAUUGAUGCCAUGGGAAAGUGGAUUGAUCUGAAAAAUAAAGACACUGGGAUUAGGCCAGACAAAUCUGCCAUCACAACUCCUGCUGGAGUUUGUGGGUUCUCCCAGGCAGAGCUGGGAGCUCUGAGCCGUUUCUGCAGCAGCAGGAUCAGCAGCAUGCAGCAGCAGCAGCAGGCACACAGGGGCAGGAGGCUGCACUGGGGAGCCCCAGCAAGGCAGACUGAGCCACGACAGUCCUGUGCUGUUCCUGCCCAGCUGAUGAACAGGAUCCUGCUGGAAAACACCAGGGAGGCUCUGAAACAGGUGACAGAAGCUGAAAUCCAUGAGGUUUCAACCUGUCCUGGCUGCCAGCAGAAGGAAGCAGAGCUGGCCAAGGUUGCCUUUCUCAGGCAAAAAAAGACUCUGCUGGAAGGUGCUUUAAUCCAAGAGAAAUUGGAAGAACAGUUUUACUCCAGGGACACGCUCACACUUCUAGGAGAAGCACUCAGAAGCUUUCCCAAACCUUCAGAGGAUCCCAGGGAUUUGUGGCAAAGGCUGAAGGGUCAGGAGUGGAAAGACUGAAUGGACCAUAACUCCAGUGGGUGAAGAACUGGGAGAGCCUCCUGUGGGCAGCCAGCUCCAGAAUUCCACUGAUUUUGGAUCUGAGCUGCUGUGGCAGUGAUGGAUUGGGUGCUGCUUUAAUAUUCCUGCAGGUAGAACCAGAUCUGCCUGCCUGGGGUGUGAGUCAACCUCUCCUCAAUGCAAAUGUUGCAGCAGAUUGUAAUCCAUCUCCAUGGGCUUCUCAAAUUCCAGAAGCCAGCAGUUUCCAUUAUUAAUCUGGCAAGGCAGAAGAAUUGUUUUUUGGGGGAUUGCUGUGGGAUUGCAGAGCAGCUCCCAGCUGCCUCCAUCCAUAAGGAAAAUAAAUGAUUCUGUUUGCCAGGGCAGGGAGGUGUAAUUACUGCAUCUCAGCUCAGGCUUUGCCCACUGCCUCAUGGUAAAUUGAAAGUGAGAGCCCCAGGUGGAAGACAAAAAGCAAAGUUAACUAUAAAAAGCAGUAAAAUGAAAUGAAGUAUUUAUAGAAGGGAAUUAAUGAGGUUGUAACAGAAAUUAAUCAGCAGGACUGGGGGUGCCAAUGGGAUGAGAAAUGAUAAUAAAUUAAUCAUGGAAUCUAUAUAGGAUAGAGAAAAACAAGCAACAAGAUGAAAACUGGGAGAGAAAUUGCAAGAAAAUACUUUGGAAUUGGUUGUAGUUUUUCAAGAUUAGGAAGUCACUGUUGUUCAAAGACUGGAUCUGGGGUUCAGUACACAUCCAAAUAAAAUGGAAUUGUGCUGGGAAUCUUUGGGCUAGACAGUGAAAUCAUCCUCACUGUGGCCUCCAAAGCCUGGUACUGCUCUCUGGGCACCUCUGCAGCCCUUUGUGACCAAAGCUGAGAGCAAGGGCUCAGCCAUGGCCUGACUCUCCUCAGCCUCCCAUAUCCUGACUUCUCUGCAUUCCCAUCUCUGUGGAAACCUUAGAGGGAUAUCCCUAUCUGUGAACCCACACUGCAUUUUUGUGCCAAAGCAGAUGGAAUCAAAUCCCCCUGUUGCAUUUUCUUCCCCCAUUUUGGGACCAGAGCCCUCACUGCUGCCUUAAGCGGGGGUUUGUAUUUCAUGGGGUUGUUUCCCUCCUCUGCUCUGGGUUGUUUAUCAGAGUCCUUGAGAGCUGUUUAGCCUCUUGUUCUCCCUUCCCACAAACCAUGGAAAACCUGGAGGGAAAUGCUGGGAUAUAAACAGAAGUGUUAGCAAAGUUCUGCCUUCUGCUGCUUAAAAAUCUGCUCAGAGUGCUUUCCCUGGGAGUGGAUCCUGAGUAGGUGAAGCCCAGGUGGGAGCCCAGCCCAGCCCUGAGCUCCUCAGUGCUGCUUGUCCUUGCAAACAGCUUCAAUGGUCCAUCAGAAAUACUGCCCCAACAGCAUCCCCUUUGGAAUUGUCCUGCAGGGCACUUGGAUAAUGAAUAAACUCUGCUUGUUCCUUCCUGUUGCUCUGGGAUCCUUGGAAAUGUUUAAACCCUUAAAUCUCCUGCUUUCCAAUCUCCUCCUGGGUGCCCCACCUCUGUUCCUGGUUUUGCUCUGCACUCCCUGGUUCUCUGAGCCUCUGGAAGUCUCUGCACACACUGGGAGAGGCACCCAGAAUUUCAGGUGGGGCCUUGGAAGGGCUGCCAGGUGUACAGGGGGUGAUCAGGAACUGAAUCCUUGGAAACUGUCAUUUUGUAGCACAGAUUUCAGCCCUUGCAGACCCACAAAGAGUGACUGCCGUGCACAUGUUGAUAUUUCUGUUUUCAGAACACUGAACCUUUCUGGAGCUACUGAAAUUCCUUUGCAGCUGCUGUCAGCCUUUCUGUAAAUCUGAGCUGUGAGUUAUCUGGGUUAUGUGUCUGACAGUGUUUGUCUGUGGAGCUCACACACAGUGCCUGCACAGCUCCUGUUUGUUUGCAUAAAUGUUACAAACAGAACUCAGGUAACUCCUCAGCAAAAUCAAAGCAGAUUUUGCUGAUGGCUGUUGGAUGCAUUUUCCUGCUGCUCACUACAGUUGUUUCAUUCUUUUAUCAGCAGUGACUCUGAGAUCUGAGUGUUUUCUUUAUGCCAAUGGAAUGGAUGAUCUGAUCUCCUAAAUAAUUUAUUUUCUAAUCCUGCACUUUUUGAGGCUGGAGAUCCAAAACUCUGCCGUGUGGGAAAGAGGGUGGGUGAGGUAUCCUCUUUUUUCCCCUUCCAGGAGCUCCUCCCUCCAGCAGGAGAUUUUUCUUUUGAUCCAAAGAAACCUCAAAACUCUGGUCAAGGAAUAUUGGCUCAUCUGCUGCCUGGUUUGUGCUUGCUGGGGCAUGAAAGGAGCAGAGUGGCUCAAGAGGGAUUCCUUGGGAAAAGCAGCUGUGGCUGUGAAACAAAUCAAUCUGCCUCUUCAAAGUGCUCUGCAGCUUUGCCUUUGUGGCUUUCAUGGCACCCAGAGCCUGGAUGAUUUCAUCUUCUGGGUGAUUGCUGAUGUGGUGGGCUUCAUUGCUCUGUGCUCACAGAGAAGGUUUCUCCCAUCUCAGUUGUUUCAUGCUCUAUGUGUGCUGAUAUCCACUUUUGGGGUGUUGGAUUUUAUAACUGACCCUUUGGAGAAACUUGCAUUCCUCACAUUAUCAUUAAAAUCAGUUUCCCAUGGACUGCAGCACUGUAACUUUCCCUUUCAUUUGCUCUAGCUUUAUAAAAACCACCCUGCACUCCAGGCUCCCUCAUUCCUUGUCCCCUUUCCAGCCACCUCUCCUGCUCUGGGAAUUUGUAUCUCUAGAAAAACUUCCAGCUCAGUCCCAGCAGCUCUGAGUGGGAAUGAGGUUUUAGUGGCAUUCACUCCCUGGAUCUGAGCUGGCAACAAAGCUGAACAUUCCCAAAUUACCUGUUCUGGUGGAAGGUGGCCCUGCCCUUGGCAGGGGUGGCACUGGAGGAGCUUUAAGGUCCCCUCCAACCCAAACCAUCCCACAAUUCUGGGAUAUUUAAAGUUGGAUUUCCUCAGUAGAGGAAAUUCUUUGUGGUCCCAGUGGUUCAGUGUAGGAUCAGAGAAGAGUUUGAGUUGGAAGAGACCUUCCAAAGGCCACUUAACCCCCAAAGGCCACCUUACACCUCCCACUAUUCCAGGGUGGUCUGACCUGGAUUUGGACAUUUUCAGGGGUCCAGGGGCAGCCACAGCUUCUCUGGGGAUUUUAUUACAGGGCCUGCCCAUCCUCAGUGUAAAAACCUUCUUGUAUCUGGUCUAAAGGAGCCCUCCUGCAGGUAAACCCACCCUCCCUUGUCCUCAGGGCCUGCUCAGAGCUGUGCCCCACCUUUCCUGUGACCCCCUUCAGGUGCAGGAACGUUCCUGGAGCCUUCCCUUCUCCAGCUGAACACUCCCAAAGCUCAGCUUUUCCUCAUGGGAGAGGGGCUCCAGCCCUCAGAGCACCUUUGUGGCCUCUUUCCAUUAAUCCUGAACAUUUCCCUGAAGUUCCAGGAAUAUCUGCAAUGCUCCAGGCUCCCCUGGGGUCCCUCAGUGCCUCCUCAGAAAUUCCCCUCACAGGGUUGGGGUGUGGUGAGACUUGGGUGGUUUUUUAAUUCUAUUUUUUACCACAGCUAAUUUGAUGAGGUUUCAAGAAAAGGAGCUGAACUCAUUUAUUCCUGUUGGGAACUUGACAGAAGUUCUCAUCUGCUGGCACCAAGGACAAGGGCACCCAGCUCUCAGUGACCCCUGAGCUGAGAGCACUUCAAACCAUCCACACAUCCUCCAGCAAGGGCUGCAGUGCUCCCAGCUCUGCAUUCUUCAAGCAUUUUCCAAUCUCCUUGCAUUCCUCAAGCUGUGAUUUUAUUACCACUGGAUGUGAUUUUCAGAGAGUGACUUUUGAUUGUGCCCCUGAGGGAGGCACUGGGAGUGUGCAGAUCAGCCCUGUCUGCCCCAGGGCUGCUUUCCUGCCUGCUCUGCCUUCAAAUGAUGGCAAACCAGAUAUUAAUCCUACCCACUGAUAUUAAUCCUACCCACAGAUAUUAAUCCUACCCACUGAUAUUAAUCCUACCCACAGAUAUUAAUCCUACCCACAGAUAUUAAUCCUACCCACUGAUAUUAAUCCUACCCACUGAUAUUAAUCCCAUCCACUGAUAUUAAUCCUAUCCACAGAUAUUAAUCCUAUCAACACCACAUUUGCAUUGGUUUCAUGCAACUCUUUGUCCAUUUCUUUUUCUCCACAACUGAUUUUGAAGCUCUUUGGCAGCACUGACAGCACCAGGAUGUGGAUGGGAGAUGAGGGGGAGUGGAUUCCUUCUGUCAGGGUCCUCCAUUUUCCAGAUUACCCAAAGAAUUGAUCAGGGUACUAAAAAAAAAAAACAAAAAACAAA